GGUCCUGACUCAUUCUUCAUCUUCGUUCGCUAUUCAAAUGUGUUUAUGUAACAAAACUCAUAAGGAUAAAAGAUUGAUGUUUAAAUAAGUUCUGUUUGUGGAAGGAGGUCCUGACUCACUCUUCAUCUUCGUUCCCUAUUUAAAUGUGUUUAUGUAAAAAGAAGGUACGUAACAUGUAAAGAACUAAAGCAAGCACAAUUUUGUCCACACAAUCGUCGUAUAUGAAGUCUUAUUUCUAAAACAAAGGAGGUCCUGACUCACUCUUCAUCUUCGUUCGCUAUUUGAAUGUGUUUAUGGGACAAAACUUACAUGGAUAAAAGAUUGAUGUUACAAUAAGGUACGUAACAUGUAAAGAACUAAAGCAGGCAUAAUUUUGUCCACACGAUCGUCGUAUAUGAAGUCUUAUUUCUAAAACAAAGGUACGUAACAUGUAAAGAGCUAAAGCAAGCAUAAUUUUGUCUACACGAUCGUCGUAUAUGAAGUCUUAUUUCUAAAUCAAAGGUAAUUUUACUUUGAAAAAUGGACUUACCUCCUAAUAAAUUAAAGAUUGAGGCAAACGGAUCUCGUUUAAGUAAACUCUUGAUAAAUAAAGGAACACAAGCUUUGAAAACAACAUUGCAGUUUAAUAUAAAUUUUCGUUCGUCAAACCUAAGCGAUGAACUUAAUAAACCCUCAAAUAAAAGUACAUUGGAAUCAUUAAGAAAAAGAAACGUCAUCAACAAAGAGCAAUGGAACCUUCUUUACCCAUCAACUGAUUUGCCAAACCUUGAAAACUGUGAUAUUUCAUUAUUGACUGUCUUAUUACGUAACAUAUGUGGUCUAACAGCGCCACAUGGUGGAUGGGAUAAUCUUCCUUCCUCUUCAGACUCUUCAAUCUCAGCAAAUAUUGCAAGAAUAAAGUUUUAUCGAAACAAAGUGUAUGGUCACAUAACAACAACUAGUGUAGAUGACAGUGAGUUUGAGUACUUGUGGCAAGAAAUUUCAAAGGCAUUGGUUGGUCUGGGUAUUCAACAAACUGAAAUAGAUGAAUUAAAGAAAUCUCCUCUCAGUACUGAUGAAGUAAAAUAUAUUGAUAUAUUGAAAAACUGGUGUAAUGCAGAAGAUGUGGAAGGAUUGAGAAAAGAUGUUGCAGAAAACAAAAAAAAUGUUAAUGAAAUGAAAAAUGAAGUGGAGAAAAUUAAAGAAAGCAUGUCAACAAAAGCUGAUGUAGCAGAAAUGAAACAAGAGUUGGCAACCAAAUUCAAUUUAAUAGAAUUAAGAGAAAUGUUACUUGGAAAAACAUGUUCCAAUCUUGCGAAGUGUAAUUUCAAAGGUCUUUUAGAAGAUCUUAACAAGAAAUACCUUGAAGGCACAAGACAAUGGUUAUUUGAAAAACUCGACACUUGGUUUAACGAUAGAAGGGAAAAUGCUUCUAAUGUCAUGAUUUUAAUUGCUGGUCCCGGCGUUGGUAAAAGUGUGUUUGCUGCUGAGUUGUGUCGACGAUAUUCUGAAAAGAAGAAACUUGCUGCUUAUCAUUUCUGCAGAUAUAAUAGAUCAGAUUAUAGAGAUCCUCGAAAAUUGAUAGAAUCAUUGGCCAGUAGCAUGUGUGAUACAAUAUCAAAUUUUAAAAGUAAACUGAAUGAAGAAUUACAGAGAAAUAAUUCCAAAGAAUCGAUCACCGAUAAAUUCCUUGUUUUAUUAAAUAAUCCAUUGCAUUCAUUGGAAGGUCAUGAACCAAUGCUUUUGGUUAUUGAUGCCUUAGAUGAAAGUCAAGUUGAGGGCAAAAGUGAAUUGUUGGAAUUGAUUACUGAUGAAUUUGGCCGACUGCCUAAAUGGAUAAAAUCUUCAUCACCAGUCGUCCAGAACUUCCUGUUCAAAAGGAGUUGAAAGACAUGAAUCCUGUGGAAAUUACAACUUCUCCUCGUGAUAAAAACAACGAAAAAGACCUGGAAAAGUAUUUGGAACAUCAGUUGAACAAUCGUGUGCAGAGAUAUCGCCACGUUCCAUCGUCAUUAGUUGAAAAAUGUGAAGGAUCAUUUCUUUAUGCGUAUCACGCACAACUGAGCUUAAAGAAAGAAAAUAUUGAGCUUACAGGCGAGAAAAUUGAUCAAUUGGUCCCUAGUGGUUUAAGCGGUGUUUACACAAAGCAAUUUAAAAGAGUAAAAGAUUUAGCGAAAGAAAGUCCCGUAAAUUCUGUUAUCUCAGAAACUACUUUCAUGCAAUUUCUUGAAUUGUUGGCUGCCUGUCGGGAGUUUUUACCAAUAACUUUACUGUUUAGCUAUUUAGGUUUUUCUGGUGACAUCAAGUUUGAAGUCCGCAGUAAAAUCAUUGAACCGUUAUCUCAAAUUUUGCCAGUUUACAACAAUUGUUUAACCGUGUAUCACAAAUCUCUCAUUGAUUGGUUGAAAUCAGAUGGUUACGAACAGCAUGAGUUUACAGUUAAUCCAAAAAAUGGUCAUAACUUCUUAUGGUAUGCUUGUGAGAAAGUGUUUAAACACAUCAAGUCGAUGAACAUUUUUAAAGUUCAGAUGAACACUGCUAUGAUUAAAUAUGCUUUAAAGAAUGGAAUCUAUCAUAUGUCAAAAUGUGGCGAAAAUGUUGACUUUAGCUGGGCAGUAGAUAUCAAAGUGGUUUGUGCGAGGUUAAUAGGUGUGGAAGACAUUAAAAUUUAUACCAUUAGAUCAGAAUUAAUUGAAGUCAUUAACGAACGACGUACUUUCUUGAAAAAAUAUGUACUUGAGGAAGCCCUAAUUUAUUUGCUUACGACACGGCAAUAUGCGAGGCAUGACUUUGAUGAAAGCUUACUUUAUUUACAACUUAUUGCCAACAGAAUUCAUGGCAGUAACGAAAAAAGAUUAUUGGCAAGGGAUUUAUUGAAACAAGGAAAGUUUGUUUGGUUUGAGGACUUAGACUCAACAUAUUUGACAAACCAUCAUCAUUUGACUGUCUCCUUGGGUGCUAACGUUACAUCUCUUUGUGUGUCGUCCAAUGAAGAACUUCUUGCUGUAGGAUAUGAAAAUGGUCAAAUAUCUAUUUUUGAACUUCCAGAAUUUACAGAAAGAUGCACUCUAGGCACUGCGCUCGAUGAUUCAAUGUUGGAAAAGUGGGAUUAUGUAGACACAUUUAUAACCCAGCAUAACAUCUAUCCCAUUCCAUCACUUCGUUUUGUACGUGGAAACAUCAGUUGUUGCUCCUUUUCACCUACCGGAAAUAGACUGGUAACUAGUGAUGUAUCUACUAAAAUAAAGUUGUGGGACGUUAGCAAUGGACGUUUGUUAUCAUGUUUACAGUCAGAUGAUGUCGUUAAUCGUUGCUCUUUCUUAGAUUCUGGUUUGUUUAUUACAGCAGAAUAUGUAAAAGAUUAUAAUGCUUUCAAAAAACCUGUAGAUGUGUUCACUGCAUGGAGUUCAUUAACAUUGCAAAGAAUUGAUCGACGCUGCGUUGUUGAUUACCAAGAACUACAGUGUACCGAUAAAUAUUCAGAGUUCUUUAAUUCAGAAAUCGCCGAGACUUCGUAUGUUUUUCAAUUCCCAAAGGCAAUCGAUAUUUUUUCAAGAAAAUAUAUACAUUUACAACGUUUACAUUUAGUGACAACACACCAUUAUCGUCAUUGCAUUUUUUAUCAUACAAACCAGAAUGUAAAGCUUUCUGAAAUCACUCAUUUGACAAAAUACAACGAUCAAGGAGAAAUCGAGUUUUGUUUACCACAAGUUAGGUGUUCAUGUCCUGAUACGAAUCAUAAAAAAGUCCAUCCCAUCUCGUUUAGAGAAUUUUACGUUGUGACGUAUUUAUCCAAGCUUAAAAUUUUCAAAACUGAUCAUCUUUCAAAACCUUCACUUAUCUUUGAGAAAUUUGAAAUUAAAUGUUGUUGUUUUUCACCGGAUGGAUCUUUUUUUGCUGCUUUUGCUGUUGGUGACCACGUCAACAUUCAUAUUUGGAGCAUUGAACGUUGCACUAUUAUUCAAACUGUACCAAUGCAACUGAAGGAUGCAUUAGGAUGUUGGUGCUCGGAUGGUUUACUGUGGAUAUGGGAUGGUUCAGAUCAUCUUAUGAAGAUAUCAACUUCAUCUGAAAAUUUUUUAAAUUCUACUCAAGCAAAGCAUGUCAACAUUGGAUUUAAACCUAAAGAAAUCUUAACAUUUGGUGAUGUCUUAGUUUGUAUUGACGAAGAAAAGUUUGUUCAAGUUGUUAGAAUUACCAAGGGUGAGAUACAAUACAACAAAAGACUUCCUGUCGAUAGUUCAAAAUUUAAAGCAGCAGCUGUAUCACCUGAUAAUUCUCUUAUUUUAACUGUAAACAAAACAGAAUGCACAUUAUGGGAAUGGAGAAGUAACAACAAUAAACUUUACUUGAAACCUUGGCGUCCUGCAAAAUUACCCAUAACAGCUAACAUUGAACGAUUUGUAUCUCAACAGAGAACUGUAAAUGAUCUAGAGUUCAAGUGCUGUAUAAGUGAUAGUAAACAAGCAGCCAUAGCAGUCAAAGACUGCUUCGACCUGGAUUAUAUGGUGGACUUUUAUGUAAUUACUUUUCACGAGAAUGGUGUUGUGAAUACGUUUUUGUAUAAUGUCAGGAAAUGUUAUGUGUACUCCAACCUAAUCGCAUACAAAUCUUAUUGCAUUGUAGGGCUUCAUGGGUCAUUGGUUGCUGUAGAUUUAAAGAGUAGUGAAGUAUGCGCUAAAUUUAUAACUUCACUGUCUAAUAUAACUAUGCAUUCCAACACAGGAACUUUAGCUAUAGUUCGCAAUUCAAUUUACAGUAUUCAAUUUUUAAAACUUAAUGUUCCUGAAUAAAUACAUCAACUCAAACUUUAAUAGUAAAUUCAAAAAGCUGUUGAGACAAUUGCACAUAGACGUUGAUGGUCGUAAGGAUGGUUGCUUGUUUCCACCUACUAUAGUUUUCUACAGAAGAAGUAUACUUAUUCUACCAGGCAAUCUUUAAGAAAUUAUCUAUAUUUACCAAAAAUAAAUUUGGACCAAUUUUGCAAAAGAUCUUUUAAAUUUAUCGGUACUAUUUCUUGGAAUGUCUUACCUCCUGCUAUUAAAGAAUGUAAAAUAUUAUCUAUGUUUUGCAAUAAUCUGAA